GAAUUUUAGUUAUUCUUGAGUUUAUCUACUAAAAAUCGACUUUUUACUCAGUUUAAUCCUUAACAUUUGCUGAGUAAUUCUCUUUUUGAAUAUAAUGUUAUUCUGUUGGUUGCUGUUGUUUAACCCACUCACUUUCGAGCUUUAAGCUUUUAUUUCAGUCCAAAAGGCUCACGAGACGAGAAGAAUGACGGCUAACAAACUCUAACUUGCUCUUGCUCAUAGAUGCUACAUGUUCUGUGAAGUUCCACUGCAGUUCUGUUGGGAACUCAGUACUCGAGGGGCUGUUUCGGCAAAAUGUUUCCUUCGUCUCGUUAUUUAAUUAAAGAAAGUACAGCCUACUCGUUCUGUAACUGGGAGAGGCUGUAUGCCCUUUAGCCACCUCCUCACACUGUGAGGGAAAGUGAAUGUAUCGUAAUGCUGAGACUGAGGCGCCUAAGGGAGAAUCGAGCCCUGACCGGGGCUCCCCUGAUCACGUGACCGCAAGGGAGUUGUUGGACCGGCUAACAAUUUAAAGAAUGAUCCGUUCUGCUUCUGUACAUAAAGUCUGAACUGAACGUCCACUGGUCGGAUGGUGCGCUGCUCUGCAAACACUGUGGACAACUGCGCCCGGACAGCUGGUUUUGUGUUCCGAGGCCUUCAAGCUAAGUUCACAGGUCAGAGGAUGGCACUAAGAAAAUAGACUGUAUACAGUUUCUUCAUUUCUUCCACAUUGCAUCAAAUAUGCUACCCAAAGAGCACAACAGCGAGGGCAAAGCAGCCAAACUCAACCAGUAUGAGCAGAAGGUCAAAGCUGCCAAGAAAGAGGAGGAGUUAUGUUACGUGAGUCCACCGGAUGGAGGAUGGGGCUGGAUGGUGGUUCUUCACUGCUUUCUGGUGAACGUGUUGGUGAUGGGGACCUUGAAGAGUUUUGGGAUUUUCUUCGUAGCGCUGCAGGAUGAGUUUGGUGGCUCAGCCGAGAGUAUCAGCUGGAUCGGCUCCAUCAUGUCCAGCCUCAGGCUCUCAGGAGGUCCUCUGGCCUCUGUGGCCUGUGCUAAGCUGGGGAACAGAAUUACCUCCAUCAUGGGAGCGGCACUGGUCAGUGCAGGCUUUCUUACCAGCAUCUUUGCUACCAGUGUGGUCUACUUGUACAUCAGCAUGGGGCUGGUGGUAGGUCUUGGCUUCGCACUGUUAUAUCAAGCCACGUCUGUUGUUACCGCGACUUAUUUCCGAAAGAGGUUAGCAACAGCAUACUCCAUUGGCCGCUCUGGCAUGGGUUUGACCUUUGCCCUCGCCCCCUUUACCCAGCUGCUCCUGGAUCAGUAUGCAUGGCAAGGAGCUCUGUUGAUUUUGGGUGGUCUGAUGUUGAACCUGGUAGCCUCUGGAAUGCUGCUGCGACCAAUCCAUGUGCGACCUGCUGCCUCCUCUCCCCCUUCCUCGUCUAGCCUCCGCAAAGGUCUGACAGGUUCUCUGAGAGGAACUAAGAAGGAACCUCUUCAGAACGGCCUGAACGUGACUAUGGCUAUGUCUAAUGGCAUUGCAAAAACAGAACCCUCUCCUUCUUUUCAUGCUGAUACACUUAUCAUAGAGAACCCAUCCCUUGGGCAGAAAAACCUUCAAGCUGCGGAACUAACUAGCCUGGUCCAGAAUGGUGUAAAUGGACUGGACAGUGGCCCAGUAAAGGUUUACCCAGAAAGUAAUGGCAAGACAGUUGUGGAUUCAUUACUGCAUGAGAAGACUCCCCCCAAAAAAGCCAAAGUCUUGGACUUCUCACUCUUAAAGAAUCCUUUCUUUUGCAUCUAUACCUGGUCGCUGGUCUUCAGCCAGCUAGCCUACUUCAUCCCCUACUUCCACCUAUCAGCGAGAGCUAGGAAUUUGGGAAUCGACCCCAUGGAUGCAUCCUUCAUUAUAUCUGUAGCAGGUAUAACAGAAACCAUGGCUCAGCUGGCAUCUGGCUGGGUGGCGGACAGGAACCUGGUGCAUAAAUACCACUAUCACAAGGCCUAUCUGAUCCUAUGUGGUGUAGUGAACCUGCUCUCCCCCCUCGCCACCUCCUACAUCCUGCUGAUGGUCUAUGCAGUCUUUUUUGCCAUCUUCUGUGGAGGCUACAUGGCCCUGCUGCUGCCCGUCCUGGUUGACUUGGUAGGACCUGAUAAGUUGAACAACUCCAUGGGAUUUUCGAUGUUCUUUGUGGGACUUGGAUGCCUAACAGGUCCUCCUUUAGCAGGUUUUCUGUACGACUACACUCAAACGUACGACUGCUCCUUCUACCUGGCUGGCGUGUGUUACCUGCUGUCAUCAGUCUCUCUCUUCCUGGAGCCACUGGCCCAGCACUGGCAGGCAAGAAAGAAACGACAGGAGCUGCUCAAUAAAGAGCUGAUGUGGAGCAACGGCUGCUUCUGUCCAGUGCCUCAGAGAAAUGGGGUGGUGUAGAUGAAGCAGAGCAGCACACCAUGGCCACGUCUUUUCUCGAGGUUUCAUCCUCCAAGAGUUACCCUAACCUCAGCUUUGGGGUGGACUACAGUACUAGCCUUUUUGAGGGAAGGACGUUCAUUUGAAUGGCACAGAUAUUAUGACCAACACAGUCUUAAAAUGCUUGAAGACACCAUACUGGAUACUGCUUUUAGUUCCAGAGAACAGACGGUCAGGUCCGUUCUGUAACUUCCAAUAAAGCCAAAUUGAUUUCAUGUUA